GUCCUCUUCUCCGGGGGUUAUGGCGUGGAAGAAAAGGAUACACAGGAGCCGGUCACUGAUAACACCGUGUUCGGCAUCGCCUCAGUAUCCAAAGGGUUUGCGGCCACUCUCCUUGUGAAGCUGCUCUAUGAGAAAACCAAUUACUUCCCACUCCUCCCAGCCCCGCACCAGUUCCGGGUGAAGUACUUCUACAGUAACAUUAUGUAUGGCUUAAUCACACGCCUUGCUGAAAUAGUAGGCGGAGCUUCGUGGGAACAGCUUAUUAGAGAGAACCUGUUUGAGCCACUGGGCAUGGAGAACUCGACGUUUCUGACGGACGUGGACUGGAGUGGGAAUAAUGUGGCAACAGCGUACUCCUUCGAGAAAACAGGGGAGAUAAUCCGGGUGCCUCAUGAAUUCUCAAGGCGCUGGGCUCUUCUGGCGGGUUCCGGGGCAGUGAUGACCACUGCUAACGACAUGACACGUUGGAUGCAUUUCCACUUGUACGGAGGGGAGAAUCCAGGCGGUCGGCAGGUCAUGAAAGAGAAACACCUGGAUGAGGUGCACGAACCUCGCUUUUUGAUCACUCCGACUGUGAGCAAGGACACGCGGGUUCCUCGGUUCCCCGUCACUUCCAGCGAGGAUGUUUACGCUCAUGGAUUUAGGAGAGGUUACUAUCGAGGUUAUGAGAGGUUGACACACACUGGCUCAACUAUCGGAUACCGCGCCAUGUUAUCUUUGCUGCCCAAGCAUAAAAUCGGGGUGUUCACCGUCAUGACUGGCAAGGACGACAGUUACAAGUACCGAGUGCCUCUCCACAUGUAUCUACUAGACAGGGCGUUGGGAUUCCAGUCCUGGCUUAAUAGUUCUACCAUCUGCUCCUAUCCAAAACCAUGGAAAACAGCAAAGAAAUCAUCCCCGCCCCCUAAAUUGGACGCGAGUCUCAAGUUGCAAAGAGACAUUGAGGAAUACGAGGGCACCUACCACAACCCAGCCUAUGGCUAUCUAGAGAUCAGCUACAACAAGACCUUGACUUCACUGGUCAUGACCUUUGGCUGGGGCAUCUGGCGCCUUUUCCCUCGACCAAAACUCAGUGGAGAUAAGUUCUAUGGAGACGGGUUGGACAUCACAGUAGCAUUCGACAUUAGUCCUAUUGAGUUCCUGGGCGCCUCCGACAACGAGACCCACAUUGUGGCGGUGAAAGCCACCGCCUUUGAGCCCACAGUCCCACCGGUGUUUGAAAAGGUUGGCUUAACAAAACCUGGGAAUUUCUCACCUGCCUUUGGCUGUUCAUCACUGACAUAUGCUAGCUCAUUCAUUAUGGUGAUCUGGUUAAUGACACUCCGAGUCCAAGGAGAGUUCUUCUAAUUCCAACACUCGUCCUGACGCAUCAGACACCAUGAGCUGUUUAUAAUCAACCUAGCCUUGUACCGGUAUUACUUUUGGAAAAUGUAUUUUUACUUUAAUAAAAAUAUACAAACAUUA